AUGCCUCGCAAGACACGUACCUCUCCAACUGUUACCCAGAAAAAGAAACACGUUUCCACAAUGCCUUCUCGUCCCGCACCUGCACCCGCAACGGUCGCUCCAUCAAAGUCAGCACAAAAUUCUAACGUUCCUGCUAAUACUUCAGACCCACCAACUUCCCUUACUACUCCGAAACAGCCUAGUUUGUUGGGACAGGUUGCUUCAACUGCUGCUGGUGUUGCUAUCGGUCACAGCGUCGGUCAAGGCAUUACUUCUCUUUUUUCUGGUGGUGGUUCAAGUGUCACCGAAACUCAAGAGAAGCCUAAGUAUCAGGAUUCCCAAACUGAUGGCAGACAUGUUGCAUGUGAAGCCGAUACAAGAGCUUUGAAAAACUGUUUGGAGCAAAACAACUAUGAUGUCAAUGUUUGUCAAUGGUACUUAGAGAAUCUCAAGGCAUGUCAACAGAUGGCUUCACAAUAUUAA